AUGGCUAGUAAUCCUGGUCCUUCAAAGCGUAAGAGAUCGCGCUUUGCCUGUGAGCCCUGUCGUGAACGGAAAAGGAAAUGCAAUGGAGAGUCUCCAUGUUCAACCUGCAGCAGUUGGGGCUAUGAUUGUUACUACCAAAAUGAGCGUCGCAUGAAACCGAAACCCACUGGAAUGAUGGUGGAUUUGCCUGCCAUUCCUGGGCCGAGUCCUGAGCAUGCGGGCUCGUACACCGAGUCACUGGAAGCGAACUCGGGAGCAGCAUUUGUCAGAAAGAUUGGUCUCAAGAUGGACCCGGCAAACGCGCCCAAAUUGAAUCUCUUCGGCUGGAAUGUGGGUAGACGCAAUCCCCCGUCCGGUCUGGCUACUGGCACAGUCUUGGCUGUACCGCUCGUCGAUAUUCUCUCGCUGAACCAUAUGAAGAACCUGGCCAAUGUCUACUUUACCAAGGUAGAUCCAUGCUAUGGCUUCAUCGAUUCUGCGAUGUUCUUUCGCCGCUUGGAGGCGCGGUGGCAGUCAUCUGCAGAGGGCGAUUCGUAUGACGGCGUGCUGGCGGGCGUUGCUGCUCUUGGGGCGCUCUUCUCCGAGACUACUAUCAACAUUACCGAAGCCCACCUGGUGGAACUUACACGCUCUAUAACAGACACACACAUUGGUUCUGCAGCCCCAUCAGUAGAAGUGGUGACCGCAUGGGCACUCCGAGUGAUUUAUAUGCGCAUGACCGCCCCACCAUACCCGACAUGGAUUGCAAGCUCCACCUUGAUGCAUCUUAUUGAAGCCUCUAAGCUCCACCAGACCUCCUCCUGCGAACCCUAUGAUCUCGACAUUCGGCAACGACUAAUUGGAGUAGCCCAACAUCAAAAUCUUUGGAUCUCCUACGACCUGGGCCUGUCAAGGGUCUCGUUCCCCCAUGAGGCUGUAGCGUUGCCGUCGCCUAGACCAGGCGAUUUCACGGUAGAGCUUCUCGGUCUCCUACCCCUUUCCACCAGCCUGGGCCCUGAGAAUCGACGACAGGACGAAGAGAUAGAAGAGUUCUUGCUGCAGACGUUAAGCCGUAACCACACGCAGCCACCAUCUAUCCUCGCUCAAUGUAAUCUUGUCCUCUGUCUUCUCCGGCGCUUACAUAUGAGAAACCUCAUGACCUCGCCGGCUACGAUGGAGCGAGUUGUGGAACAACUGAAGCGAAGCCUCGGUGCCGCGCGUCGGAUGGCCUCGGAUUGUUCACCGUGGCAACAUGUCGCCAAUGUCCCAUUUCAGAUGAUUAGUAUCCUCCUUGAAAUGGACACGAGUGCAUCAUUAGAGCUUCUGCCAGAAGCGAUGGAGACACUGAAACUGGUUUCUGCAACCUACAAUACCGAGACUAUGAGGGAGGCGUACGGCACCGCGCGCCUACUCAUUCUUCUCUACCAGCGCCGCCGGCGUUCAGACACCAGGUUGCUCAGCGGGCUAUUAGAAGAUCAUCACGAGCCGUCCACCACUGAGUCACCGGUUCAACCAAUGAUUCCCACAUCCGAUGAAGUAUCAUGGCUGGAAGGGUUAGUCGCAGAUGUACCGAGUUUGCACGGCCUUGACUUCGGUCAGUUUUUACAACUGUCGCCGAACACCCCGGGAAUGUGGGGUCGAUAG